AUGCAUGCCCUUGUAACUUGUGCUUUCACGCAAGCAGUUUGGGAGGAAUCUACUUUGCCUGUUAUGAAUAUUACGGCCGAUUCUUUUCAAACUUGGUUUCUUGAAAUCAUGAAAAUACUCACCCCUGAUCAAUUUAUUAUGGCAGCCGCGUUACUCUAUUAUAUUUGGCGGGCGAGGAACCAAGCGGUAUGGGAGCAUUUUCUACCGAGGCCCAAACGAGUUGUGCAAGCAGCGGCUGCAGCGUGGCAGGCAUGGGCUACGGUACAUGCUGGAGUAUCUACAGCAGCAUCCAGCAGCGCUGGAACAUCUGCGACCUCCCAUUCUAUUGGAGCCGCUGCUGUGGAGAAUGGACUGCCCAAGGUGUAUAUAGAUGCAGGAUACCACGCCACAAAUGGAAAUGCGACGGCGGGUGCGAUUGUGCUAACAAGCGGAGGAGAAUUCAUGGCGUGUUUUCAUAUGCAGCUUCCCGAUUGUCUUUCCCUGUUGAUGGCAGAAGCCUUGGCUUGUAAAGAUGCGUUAUCAUGGUUAAAGGAGAAAGAUUAG